UUAAUUUAAUGGUGCUAUAGGGGAUUUGUUUGCACAGUGAGGCACGUUUGGGUGAAACCCUGAAGCUUUAGGCCAAUUCGCGGUGAGUACUGCGGCUUCCGUGUUUGUUACGCCCGGGUAAGUGAUGCAGAGUGCAGACUGCUGGCUGUGAGGUACAUGGAGUGACAGGAGCAGCAGGUGAUCACCUUCUUGUUUCUCUCGUCUCACGUUUCAGCUGUAACAUUAGGCCUCAGCAUCUCCAUGAAGCAGCCGUGGAAAGCCUGCUUUGCCCCCGAGACUGCUUGUCCGCACUGACUGAGCUGUGCAGUGCAGUUUAAGAACAUUAUCCCCUUUUAAUCCACUUUGCCUUCUGCUACAUGCAGGUGGACAGACUGUCAGAUGGAGCAGGGUGCCACAAUCAGACACCCGUGUCCAUGUGUAAUUGCUCUUUUAUUUUGGAAACUGAACCAUUUCUCACACUGAACUUUGGUCCUGGAUUUCAUCUGUUUUUGGUUUCUUUGGGGUUUUUUUUAAGUGGGCCCAUCUGUAUUCUUAGUGAUUGUUAUCAACAGUGAGUCUUUAAUUCAGACAUGGAGGACCCUGAUAUGCGACAACAGAAGCUGGACAAUCAGCGAACCCUUUUGAUGAAAAAACAGCAAAAGAAGAGGGCUGAUACUCAGAUGGUGGUAGCCAAUCGGGAUGUUCGCCAAAAGAACCGAAAGCACAAAGCCGCUCACUCUGAUGAAACACCUCUGUUGAUCAGCCAAUCCCUGAGCAACACUUCCCUGACUGAUCAAGUUGAACACGCCCAUGAUAACCCACUGGAUGAGAUUACAUUAGGUGAAUGCAAUAUGACAACAAGCGCGACGUUAGAUGAGAUGCCUUCGGAGAAUCCCAUUACUCCAAAGACAAUGAACUUGGAGGUUGACAAAGAGCCCGAGGUGAAGUGUGAAGUGGAGAACGACGCUCAGGUGGAGGGGAAAAAGCCAAAGAAGAAAGAAGGGAAAAAAGAGAAAGCCAAACAGGCGGAGCAGAAUGAUGAAAAGGAGAAAGACAAGGAGAAAAAGGAGAAAAAAACAAAGAAGAAAAACAAAGCGAAAGAAUCUGAAGACCCACAAAAGACAAACAAGACCACCAAACAAGAGUGUAAAAAGAAACACUUGCAGGAGGCUUCAACCCAGGAAACAGAGUCAGUGGUGGAAGAAGCAAGUCCAAAGAAGAAUAAAUGUGAUGAAAGUGAUGAUGAAGAGGAUGACGUGUCCCAAAAGCCUGUCCCUCAGACACCUAAGAGGAAAAAACAACUGGACACAUCCAGGUGCCAAAUAAGUGAGGAAAGCAAAGACGAGGACGUCCAGGAAAAGGAGAAAAAAGAAAAAAAGACAAAGAAAUCAGAGAAAACUACGCCGAGUCUCGCUUCCCUCAACUCCAACUACAGGGAGUGUUCAUCCUCAGGCAGUGAAUCCAAUGAAAGACCAACAUCUCCAUUGUCAGUGGAGGACCUUGAGAAGUUUGCUGUGCGUCCAGCCCCCAGAGAUGUGACGAUCCAGUGUAGGGUCACCAGGGACAGGAGAGGCAUGGAGAAGGGCAUCUAUCCGACUUACUACCUCCACAUGGAGAAGGAGGAUGGCAAAAGGGUGUUUCUAAUGGCAGGAAGAAAAAGGAAGAAGUGCAAAACAUCCAACUAUCUCAUCUCCACUGACCCGACAAACCUGUCCAGAGACACAAACUGCUACAUAGGAAAACUAAGGUCCAAUGUUCUUGGUACAAAAUUCACAGUCUAUGAUGGAGGUGAGAACCCUGAGAAAAAGCCCUUCGUGAAAGAGUGUGAAUCAGUGCGGCAAGAGCUGGCAGCAAUUUGCUAUGAGACCAAUGUGCUGGGAUUUAAGGGUCCCAGGAAAAUGACAGUAGUCAUCCCAGGCAUGUUGGAGAACGAUGAAAGAGUGUCCAUUCGUCCAAAAAAUGAACAUGAGACUCUACUGAUCCGCCAUGCAAACAACAAUACAGACAAACUGGUCACACUGGUGAACAAAUCCCCGAGCUGGAAUGAACAGACUCAGUCAUAUGUGCUUAACUUCCACGGACGUGUCACCCAAGCCUCCGUCAAGAACUUCCAGAUCAUCCACCCUGACAAUGAGGAUUACAUAGUGAUGCAGUUUGGCCGUGUAGCAGAGGACGUCUUCUCCAUGGAUUAUAGUUUCCCCAUGUGUGCCCUGCAAGCCUUUGCCAUCACCCUUUCGUCCUUUGAUGGUAAACUGGCUUGUGAGUGACCCAUGCUGGUAUGCCUCAAGUGCUCAGAAACUUACAGAUUAAAGCUACAGUUCAUAACUUUCAUGAAAAUAAGUGUCAUAUUUGUUGAAUCUGAGUUCAAGUAUCUUGGGGUCUUGGUCAGGAGUGAGGGUAGAAUAGAGUGUGAGAUGAAUUGAUGAUUAGUCAGGGCCUCUGCAGUGCUGCGGGUGCUGUGCUGGACUGUUGUGGCGAAGACAGAGCUGAGCCAGAAGGCAAAGCCUUUGAUUUACUGCUCCUUCGCAUUGCAAGGGGUCAGUUGAGGUGGUUCGGGCAUCUGAUCAGGAUGACUCCUGGGCACCUCCUGUUAGAGGUGUUCUGGACACCUCCAACUGGUAGGAGGCCCCAGGGCAGACCCAGAACAUGCUGGAGGGAUUACAUAUCUCAUCUGGAGUGGGAAUGUCUUGUGUUCCACAGGAGAAGCUGGAAAUCGUUGUUGGGGAGACGGACGUCUGGGGUGCUUUGAUCAGCCUGCUGCUCCCGUGACCUGGCUUCGGAUAAGUGGUUGAAAAUGGAUGGAUGAAUGUCACUAUAUUCUAAAAAAUGUACAUGAGACAGAUAAUCUGAAAAGAUCUACCACAGCGCACCAAAAACAACCAAUCAGAGCUGAGGAGUCUCCAACACAACUGCCAGUCACUUUUUGAAUUGCAGUUAGACUGUCAAAUUAUGCAGCGCUGAUGAAAUAUAAACCAAGAUUUGCUUACUGCAUUGCUUAUUUCUCGCCUCAGAUGUCUUCAGAAACAUAUUUUAGUGUACUGUUUGGCUGUUAUGUAAGAAUUUGUGAACAGGAAGUGGGCAUCUUACUGUUUCCUAUAUUGUAAAAAUAAAGGCUAAAAAUACUGAGAUCAAAUGGUAAAACUAAGCAGUGCUGAUCAAAAAUGAUUCAAGAUUCUGUCACUUUACAUCCUGUUUCUGGCCCCAGAUGUUUUCAGAAACAUAUUUUGUGUACUGUUUAGCUGUAAAAUGAGAAAUUUGUGACUUGUUGGAAACAACUGACUGAUGUACCAAGAACCCACCAGCCGGACCAACUUUCACAGCUAAACAGUACACUAAAAUAUGUUUCUAAAAACAUUUGAGGUGAGAAAUAGGCAAUGCAGUUACAAAAUCUUGAUUUGUAUUUGAUCAGUUCUGCCUAGUUUGACAAUUUGACCACAGUUCAUGAGCCGUGAGUGACAGCUGCGUAAGAGACUCCUCAGCUCUGACUGGUUGUUUCUGUUCAUGUGCAGUAAGGCCAUAAAAAGAGCUACAAGGCAAUAGAGCAGGGUGGUUUUUUUUCACAUAUUAUCUGUCUCGGGUGUUUUUAGCAAAUAUGAAAAAAGCUCAAUUUUCGUAAAAGUUACCAACUACAGCUUUGAAUCUGAACUUCCACCCAUAAUUUUGCGCAGGGUCAUUUUUCAUGUUUUGUAUCCUGGUGCACUGUAACACGUUGAACACACUAAAUAUAGAAAAACAUGCCACGGACUUAGACUUCAGAGGAUACUUGUUUUAUAGCUCCAGUAUUAUUUUACAACAGAUUUUAUAUUGAAGUGGAAUAAGUUACAAAAGUUAACAGUCUUUCUUUUUAUAUUUCCCAGCUGUGUA